CUACACGUGCUGUCACGUGAAUUUGUUUACAUUUGGCAACACUCAGCUGUAUAAGGGUAUUACUGUUAACCCUUUAGAUCUGCUCUCAGUGUAAUAGUAUAAUAAAGGGCAGUUUAUUUUGUUUAAGUCUAUGACUUGUAGUUUUAAAUGAUAAAACCGUAUGUCUGCUUAUAUAUUAGUUGAAGUCAGAAGUUUACAUAGACUUAGGUUGAAGUCAUUAAAACUCAUUUUUUAACCACUCCACAGAUUUAAUAUUAGCAAACUAUAGUUUUGCAAGUCAUUUAGGACAUCUACUUUGUGCAUGACCCGAGUAAUUUUUCCAGCAAUUGUUUACAGACAGAUUGUUUCACUUUUAAUUGACAAUAUCACAAUUCCAGUGGGUCAGAGGUUUACAUACACUUAAUUAUCUGUGCCUUUAAGCAGCUUGGAAAAUUCCAGUAAAUGAUGUCAAGCCUUUAGACAAUUAGCCAAUUAGCUUCUGGUUGGAGGUGUACCUGUGGAUAAUUAAGGCCUACCUUCAACCACAUUGCCUCUUUGCUUGACAUCAUGGGAAAAUCAAAAGAAAUAAUAAUAAUAAUUGUGGACCUCCACAAGUCUGGUUCAUCAUUGGGAGCAAUUUCCAAACACCUGAAAGUACCACGUUCAUCUGUACAAACAAUAGUACGCAAGUAUAAACACCAUGGGACCACGCAUCCAUCAUACCGCUCAGGAAGGAGACGCAUUCUGUCUCCUAGAGAUGAACGUAGUUUGGGGCGAAAAGUGCAGAUCAAUCCCAGAACAACAGCAAAGUACCUUGUGAAGAUGCUGGAGGAAACAGAUAGACAAGUAUCUAUAUCCACAGUAAAACGAGUCCUAUAUCGACAUAACCUGAAAGGCUGCUCAGCAAGGAAGAAGCCACUGCUCCAAAACCACCAUAAAAAAGCCAGACUACAGUUUGCAAGUGCACAUGGGGACAAAGAUCUUACUUUUUGGAGAAAUGUCCUCUGGUCUAAUGAAACAAAAAAUUGAACCGUUUGGCCAUAUUGACCAUUGUUAUGUUUGGAGGAAAAAGGUUGAGGCUUGCAAGCCAAAGAACACCAUCCCAACCGUGAAGCAUGGGGGUGGCAGCAUCAUGUUGUUGGGGUGCUUUGCUGCAGGAGGGACUGGUGCACUUCACAAAAUAGAUGGCAUCAUGAGGAAGGAAAAUUAUGUGUAUAUAUUGAAGCAACAUCUCAAGACAUCAGCCAGGAAGUUAAAGCUCAGUAACAAAUGGGUCUUCCAAAUGGACAAUGACUCCAAGCAUACCUCCAAAGUUGUGGCAAAAUGGCUUAAGGACAACACAGUCAAGGUAUUGGAGAGGCCAUCACAAAGCCCUGACCUCAAUCCGAUAGAAAACUUGUGGGCAGAACUGAAAUACCAUGUGAUACACCAGUUCUGUCAGGUGGAAUGGGUCAAAAUUCCAGUACCUUAUUGUGAGAAGCUUGUGGAAGGCUACCCAAAACAUUUGACCCAAGUUAAACAAUUUAAAGGCAAUGCUACCAAAUACUAACAAAGAGUAUGUAAACUUCUGACCCACUGGGAAUUUGAUGAAAGAAAUAAAAGCUGCAAUAAAUAAUUCUCUCUACUAUUAUUCUGACAUUUCACAUUCUUAAAAUAAAGUAGUGAUCCUAACUGACCUAAGACAGGGGUAUUUUCUAUGAUUAAAUGUCAGGAAUUGUGAAAAACUGAGUUUAAAUGUAUUUGACUAAGGUUUAUGUAAACUUCUGACUUCAGCUGUAUGAAUAUGUAUGUGUAUAUAAAACAUUUUGUUUUUGUGUGAUUUUUAUUUUAUUAUUAUUAUUUGGUUUUCCUGUGAGCUAUAAUUAAAAUAAAAACAUUUGUAUGUGUAUGUAUGAUUAUAUGUACAGUUGUGCUCAAAAGUUUGCAUACCCUUGGAGAAUUGGUAAUAUAUGUACCAUUUUUAAAGAAAACAUGAGUGAGCAGGCAAAACACAUUUCUUUUAUUUCUUAUGGGAUUCAUAUUCAACUGUAGGUUAUAACAGAAUGGCACAAUCAUAAAACAAAACAUGGCAACAAAGAAAAAAAUGAAAUGACCCCUGUUCAAAAGGCUGCAUACCCUUAGUUCUUAAUACUGUAUAUUGCCCCCUUUAGCAUGAAUGACAGCGUGCAGUCUUUUGUAAUAGUUGUCUAUGAGGCCCCAAAUUCUUGCUGGUGGUAUAGCUGCCCAUUCGUCUUGGCAAAAUGCCUCCAGGUCAUGCAAAGUCUUUGGUCGUCUUGCAUGAACCGCACGUUUGAGAUCUCCCCAGAGUGGCUUGAUGAUAUUAAGGUCAGGAGACUUUGAUGGCCACUCCAGAACCUUCACCUUUUUCUGCUGUAACCAAUGGAGGGUCAACUUUGCCUUGUGCUUAGGGUCAUUGUCGUGCUGGAAAGUCCAAGAGCGUCCCAUGCGCAGCUUUCGUGCAGAAGAAUGCAAAUUGUCUGCCAGUAUUUUCUGAUAACAUGCUGCAUUCAUCUUGCCAUCAAUUUUCACAAGAUUCCCCGUGUCUUUAUAGCUCACACACCCCCAAAACAUCAGUGAGCCACCACCAUGCUUCACAGUGGGGAUGGUAUUCUUUUCACUAUAGGCCUUGUUGACCCCUCUCCAAACAUAGCGCUUAUGGUUGUGACCAUAAAGCUCUAUUUUGGUCUUGUCACUCCAAAUUACAGUGUGCCAGAAUCUGUGAGGCAUGUCAAGGUGUUGUUGGGCAUAUUGUAACCAGGCUUUUUUGUGGCAUUGGCGCAGUAAAGGCCUCUUUCUGGCAACUCAACCAUGCAGCUCAUUUUUGUUCAAGUAUCAUCGUAUUGUGCUCCUUGAAACAACCACACCGUCUUUUUCCAGAGCAGCCUGUAUUUCUCCUGAGGUUACCUGUGGGUUUUUCUUUGUAUCAUGAACAAUUCUUCUGGCAGUUGUGGCUGAAAUCUUUCUUGGUCUACCUGACCUUGGCUUGGUAUCAAGAGAUCCCCAAAUUUUCCACUUCUUAAUAAGUGAUUGAACAGUACUGACUGGCAUUUUCAAGGCUUUGGAUAUCUUUUUAUAUCCUUUUCCAUCUUUAUAAAGUUCCAUUACCUUGUUACGCAGGUCUUUUGACAGUUCUUUUCUGCUCCCCAUGGCUCAGUAUCUAGCCUGCUCAGUGCAUCCACAUGAGAGCUAACAAACUCAUUGACUAUUUAUACACAGACACUAAUUGCAAUUUAAAAAGCCACAGGUGUGGGAAAUUAACCUUUAAUUUCUAUUUAAAUCUGUGUGUGUCACCUUGUGUGUCUGUAACAAGGCCAAACAUUCAAGGGUAUGUAAACUUUUGAUCAGGGCCAUUUGGGUGGUUUCUGUUAUCAUUAUGAUUUAAAAAGGAGCCAAACAACUAUGUGAUAAUAAAUGGCUUCAUAUGAUCACUAUCCUUAAAUAAAAGACAGUUUUUUUUUUUGCAUGAUCAGUCAUAUUUUCAAAAUCAAUGCCAAAAUUUCACAAUUUCUGUCAGGGUAUACAAACUUUUGAGCACAACUGUAUGUAUGUGUGUGUGUGUAUGUGUAUAUAUUUGUAUACAUUUUAUUGUGUAUUCUAUAAAUGCUUUAUUUUCUAUUCAAUUUGUAUUUCUUUUUAUUCAAUUUUUAAUUUCUUUUUUUUUUAUUAUUGUCUAUGUCUUGUUGCUGUUUUGUGUUGUUGUACAUUGGAAGUUCCUGUCAUCAAGACAAAUUCCUUGUAUGUGUAAGAAUACCUAGCAAUAAAGCUGAUUCUGUUUCUGAAAUAUAUGCUUAUUCUGUGCAAUAUCUACUAUAUCGUAUCAACUCCUCUUCAUGAUGUCCAUCAACAGUGCAGUGUCACUUUAAUUCAGCGUGAGCUGCGCUGCAAAAAUAGACACGACGCUGAAACUCCUGCUGCUCAUGUGCAGCUCAUGCACUGCUUCUAUCAUGCUCUGACACGCUGCUUCUGCUUCCGAUGUUUUGUCUUUAGUGAGUCAGAACGCAGUGCACUGGAGCAGUUCGAAGGCGGGCCAUGUGCAGUCAUCGCACCUGUGCAGGCUUUCCUGUUGAAGAAUAUUCUGUUUAACACUGAAGGCUCAAACUGGAAGGAUAUCUCAGGUGAAGUGAAUUGUGUCAUUUUCUUCUCCUCCCAUCAACAACUCCUCGCUCUGAGGAAGAGCAACAGACGGUCCUGUGCUCCACUCUCAGUGAAAUCCUGGAGUCAGCCUGCCUCAAUAAGACACAGGCCUUUCACCUGGCCACCUGGCCUCGUGCCAAGACCACAGACAGCUCUGACAUCACAGACAGCCACCCAGAGCCUGAGUCCAGUCAGCCUACUGACGCACCAACUGCUUUGGCUGCUGAGGAGCUUGGCUUUGAGAGGUUUCACAGUGUUGUACAGAAAAGGUCUCUCGGGACUUGCUGAGCUGAGAGAGGCUGUGUUGUCACUGUAUGACACUUGGAGGAACAAAUUUGGGGUUCUGCUAUUUCUGUACUCUGUCAUACAUACAAAGGGGAUUCAAAACAUAGAAAAUGAGAUAGAAGAUACUUCUGAACCUCUGAUUGACCCUGUGUAUGGCCAUGGCAGCCAGAGUCUUAUUAACCUACUGGUGACAGGUGAUGCUGUGUCCAAUGUGUGGGACGGUGAUAGAGAAUGUUCUGGAAUGAAGCUUCAUGGCAUCCAUCAGCAAGCCUCUGUUGGCUUCCUUACACUAAUGGAGUCACUGCACUAUUGCAAGGUUGGUGCAUUUCUCAAAUCUCCAAAGUUCCCUAUUUGGAUCCUUGGAAGUGAGACGCACCUUUCAGUAUUCUUCACUAAGGAGAUGGCUUUGGUGGCCCCUGAAUCUCCAUCAGAGCAGGCCAGAAGAGUCUUCCAGAUCUUUGACCCGGAAGUUAACGGGUUCAUUCCAGACACACUGCUUGAAGAUGUUAUGAAAUCUUUGGAUCUUGUCUCAGACCCAGACUAUGUGAAUCUGAUGAAGAGUAAAUUGGAUCCGGAGGGGUUGGGCAUUGUUCUGUUGGGUCAGUUUCUGCUGGAAUUCUUCCCUGAUCAGGAUUCAGUGAUUCCAGACUCAUUUCCUGUGUAUCACUAUAACGGCCUGAAGCAGUCCAACCACAAUGAGAAGGUAAGUUACGUUGAGGGCACCGCUCUGAUCAUGGGUUUUGAAGACCCUAUGGUACGUACAGAUGACACCCCAGUCAAACGCUGUCUACAGACCAAAUGGCCCUACAUCGAGCUCCUGUGGACCACAGAGAGGUCGCCCUCACUCAAUUAAGCUCUAAUCUCUCACCUUUUACCUACCAACCUUUGGCUGCACAGCCCGCUAACUUCAGGAAAGCUGAAACCUUAUAGGACUCCUCACUCUCUGCACUACAUUUGGAGGCCAACACAGGGCCUGAAGUUAAACUGAGAGAUGAUGCUGUUCGCUUGGCACUGACACUAUGGCUUUUCUCUGCUUUUUACACAUAUCAACUGGCUUGUACAUUUGAUUAUUUGGCUCAUUUUGUGUUUAAAGCCCUGGAGUUGAACAAAAUUAGUAUUUUGGGAAUAUUUUUUUUUUUCUUCUUCUUUUUUUUUAAAUGUAUUUUUUCAGAUGUUCAUAUUAUUUUUGUCAACUUUCUACAUGAUUUUGUUUACUGCUCUGAAAAGAUAAAUCUUUGAACUAGCACACUGACUGUGAUAAUCUUUUUGAGUAAUUUAUGGAAUUGUUAAUAUAUCUUUUUUUAGAUUGAAGAUUCAAUGUUUGUGGUUGUGGAGAUUUAAGGGAUAAUUUCACCAAAGCCUCUCUGGUUGGAGAUAAAUUAUUUGUGUGUAAAAUGGUCAGCUGAGGGGUUUUCAUGUUCUAUGACACUGUUCUGGCCCUGGGAGGAUGUCUGUUAGACAGACUUACACAAGAAUGCACUACAACCCCGUGCUGGGCCUUAAAAGACUUUUGGAGGAUAGGAGAGGGCGAUUUUAGUAUUUAAACUUUGAAGUAACAACCCUCAAGGAGGGACUCUGGAAUGACACUAUGAUUCUCUGAAUGAGAAAGAAUAAAGACACAGACAAAUGGUCACCCUUUAUUUAUAAUGAUCCUGAUGGUUCACUAAAAUAAACACCUUUUUUUUCUUCA